GACAGUGGUCGUCGAAUAUCUCCCCACCAGCGACGGUCCCCCGGAGGCUCAGCAUCCGCCCAGGAUAAAGUGGACAUGGCGGACAUGGUUGAUGUGUCUAGCAGUGGUGUAAGUGAGCCGAUCUCGAGUUGUGCUCAUCCGCUCACCACCCCGACCAGCACAUUAAUAUUCCUCGUCGUGAGCAUCAGCGAGACGGUAGCGCAGCACUUCUUGGGGCCACGCAACACCGGAGACGACCCAUUCGGGAACUGGGGCAAGCCGGGCACGGCCACCGAGGAGCUCGCCUGGUACCCGACCGACUUUCUCCGAGAUGUUGUCCCCCUCCCUUGUCACUCACACAACGACUACUGGCGCAAGGUGCCGCUCUUUACCGCGCUCUACGCGGGCUGCACGGGGGUUGAGGCCGACGUGUGGCUGCGCAACGGCGACCUCCUUGUCGGGCACGACACUGCCAGCCUGCAGCCGAACCGGACCUUCCAGAGCCUGUACGUCAAUCCGCUAGUCGACAUUCUCACUCGGCAGAACCCGUCGACCGACUUCUACAACGGCACCCAGAACGGCGUCUUCGACACGGACCCCAGGCAAACCCUCGUCCUCCUCAUCGAUCUCAAAACUAACGGACCGGAGACCUGGCCGUGGAUUAUGAAGCAGCUGGAACCGCUGCGCGAGCGGGGUUGGCUCAGCUACUCGGAGAACGGGCAGUUCCACCAAGGCCCUGUCACAGUUGUCGGGACGGGCAACACGCCGUUUGACCUGAUCCUCGGCAACUCGACGACUUCUCCCCGCGUCGCCUUCUUUGACGCACCCUUGGACAAGCUCGAGGAGUCGGGCUUCAACUCGACCAACUCGUAUUACGCGAGCGUCGACUUCUGGGACGCCAUCGGGCAGGUGUGGUGGAAGGGCGAGCCGAGCCAGGCGCAGCUGGGGAAGAUCCGGGGCCAUCUGCGCGAGGCGCGGAGUAGGGGUCUGGUGUCGCGGUACUGGGGGUUGCCGGCCUGGCCGAUCCAUGUGAGGAAUCGGGUUUGGCAGGUCCUGGUGGAGGAAGGAAUCGGGAUGCUGAAUGUCGAUGACUUGGAUGCGGCGACGAAGCAGGAUUGGACGAAGCCCGGGACGUUCUAGAGGGACGGAAUGGCGAGUCUGACUGUGUUGAUGUGUCUGUUAUCGAUUAUGAUUGAGAGCGAGACAUUGAGAAGGUCCAUGGUUGCGAGAGAGAGGUCCACGGUCGCGAUACUACGAGAGAUCGUCACGAUACUAAGAGACAUCGAGAAUAUCCAUAGUUAAAGGACCAGCCUUUGUUUACUUAUUAGCGUAGUACAUGGCAGGCCGAAUUAAGGAUAGAGAAAACGGGAGUGUAAGAAAGAAGGAGAGGAAGUAGGAAAUUAAGAAGAUAACGGAAAGAAAGAUAGGAAAUUAAGAAUGAUAAAGAAGUGUAAAGAGGGUGGAAAAGA